AUGGCAAUCUUCCAAAAGGCAAUCACUGCACUGCCGUCUCCAUGUCUGCAGGUCAUGACGCCUCCUGGCAGCCCACCUCAGGAGUCGUCCUCACAGAGCACGGAUAAGGAUGACCUCAAGCAACUUUUUGUCAAUGCUAUCCGACAGGUGUUGUCGGAGAUGCCUGUUGUGCCUAGCUCGUCGCCUAAGACAUCCGAGCUCACCACUGCCAGCCUGCUUAUGGAUCUUCUGGAGGUCUUUCAGUCCACUCCAUCUUCCGCUGCUACUACCGGGCACUCGCCAUCAGCGCCUAUUGGUAUCGAGAAGGACAACCAUCUUCAACUGCCUCUGGACAGUAAGGGCAGGACACCCCCUAACAGCCCCUGCAUCACACCGUUGGAGACUGUCGCAAGAAUAGGCCAACUGAAAGAGUCCACUGGCCUCCUUGUUCCUUCUACCGAUGACCCGAGUGCAUAUUUGAUCUAUGCAGAUGAGUCACAAGAUACUGCAAGGAACCGCGAGGUCUCUGGAAAUCCGAAAUUAUCAGUCACUGGCAACAACGUUGAUGUUGCGAGUUCGCCAGAUGUUGGACCACUGAAAGAUGGCCAAUCGACGCUGAGCGCGGUUGAUAUAACUGUCGCAGAUGGAGAACGGCUGGUGGCAGGCGAUUGGCUGUCAAAUGUGGAGAAGAGAGAAACUCGUGGAUGCCCCUCAGGACCCUUUGGCACCUCAACGCCUUACCUGUUAGGGAACGCUGCCAAAACGAGAAACCAGGCUGACUCUUCAGACACGGCAGAUGGUCUUGACCUUUGUGAGGCUCGUGAUGUGGAAUCUGAAGAUCUUAGGGGUGACCAUCAGGGUAUUUCCUAUCUAGAAGACUCCCAUGUUCCCUCGGAGCCUGUUACAAUGGACUAUCAAACAGCUUCCGGUGGCGCGGAAAAUGGUCCUGCUGGACCUGAGAAGAAGGCAGAGAACAAUCACAAUAGCAAUGACAAAAGGAUUCUGGCCUCCAGGAUGGAAUACAAGACCAUUAACAAAGCAUAUGUCCAGCACUCUGGGAUUCAAAGGCAUAUAAGUAUAAGAUUGUCGAAUCCCCUCCCCCACAGGAUGUGA